GCCCUACAGUGAAAAGGGUUAGGGGGAGGGGGAGGGGGAGGGGGAGCGGCGGUGUUGUAAAAUAAGGGAAAGGAAGAGGGGCAGUAAUGCGAUAUGAAAUGGAGGGAAAGCAGUAUAAAAGGAUGCAGAAGACUGGGCAGUCUUCAACACUUCGAAGUUAAUUUGAACAUCAAUCAUAUUUUUCUCCUCUAUCUAUCUAUCUAUCCUUUUAUAUUAAGCUCUUCAGCUUGACUAGUAGCUACUACCACCACACUGCUGGCAGUGACGGGCAUGGCUCCUCGUGUGGUCUUCGGGGUUUUGGUUUUGCUUUUCUUCCUUGCUCAGGUGUCAUCUGAUUUUAACAUUGAAGAAGAAGAAGAUGAUGAUCAUGAGCUGCCCUCUGUUGUUACCCAGAUGCAGGGGAUUGUGAAAGCUGCCAAUAGAAGGCUGAUGCAACAACUAGAUUGCGGGGGACUCUGCAAGAUGAGGUGCAGCAAACACUCGAGGCCAAACGUGUGCAACAGGGCGUGUGGUACGUGCUGCUUCAGGUGCAAGUGUGUGCCGCCAGGCACCUCCGGCAACCGCCAAAUGUGCGGCACCUGCUACACCGACAUGGUCACUCAUGGCAACAGGACCAAGUGCCCUUAGACACUAGGCCCGUUGGGCCCUCAAAUGGGCCUAAGAUUUCCUCUCUAUCUUAUGCGUGCGUCGAUCAAAGUCUCUUACCAACCCACUCCCCCUUUGCGUGUUUGUUUUCUGCUCUAAUGGUGUAGCGUGUAAUUGUAGUGUGAUGUAUGGUGGUGUGUAAAUUAUGUUAUGCAGAUGUAUAAAUUGGGCUUUUCGAAAUUA